UCAUGAUUCACAUUUAGCAGGAAGUGGACAUAUUCUUGCCAGUGAUAUUGGUAUAACUUCAGGUCUUGAUGAUUUUUUUGGAUUAAAUGAACCUGAAUUUAAGGACAAAACAAGUGACAAUGAGAAUGCAGGUGUUAUAAAUGAUGAUAAAUUUUAUAUAUCUUUUACAGACAGUACUACAGAAGAUGUUCCAAGUAAUUCAGUCAAUGACUAUGAUCCAUUCAAUUUGUUAACUGAUAAUCAUGAGAUGAAUGAAAAUGUGAAUGCAUUUGAACCAUUAAUUGGGAACAAUAAACAAAAUGAAAUAAAUGACAAUGAUCCAUUUGAAAAUCUUACCAAGUUUGAUGAAAUAAAGGACAAUGUGACUGAUGCUUUUUCUACUGAAGAUAAAAUUGACAGUUUAAAUAGCAGUGAUAAAUAUAAUUUUUUCAGUAAUGAUGAAAAGGAUCAUGUAUAUAAUGGUGCGAGUUUUCCAGAACAGGAGAAUUUGCUUACAAUCAGUUCAAUGCCAGUUGAAAGUGUUUCUUCCAUUGAAACUCCUGUUGAAGAAACUGUGUCUGGAUUUUAUGAGAUAAAUCCUGAAAUAAACACUGGUGAACAUGUCAAAGAGUUUAUAAGCAAUUCUGUUUGUGACACUAAUUUAGGUGAUAUGGAAACAGGGUUUUAUGUGGUUAACUCUGAAGAAAAUGAUUUGAAAGAGACUGUCAAUUUUUCAAUUGAAAAAUUUGCUAUUGAUAAGGCAAAUGAAAUAAUCAAGGAUAUUAUACCUAAAGAUGAAAUGGAAUGUAGUGUUUCUAAACAGGAGUCAUCAGAAGCUGGUGUGUAUGAAUUCCAAGAACCUGAAAGAGAAAAUUCUGACAUUAUGGAUGAUUGUGUUGAUGUUAGAAUAAGUCAGACACAAGGCAUGGACCAUACCAGUUAUAGUGAUAACUCGUAUCAAGAAGGAAGUGGUUAUUUAGACAAUGAUGCACAAAGUGCAUUGCUUGAAACAAAAGAUCCAUCAAUAGAUACAGAUCAGACACAAAUGGACACUGGAAACAGUUACUCAUUAUUAGAGUCAUUAAACUGUGAACAAGAUGUUGGUCAAUCAAUUGAUAGUAUUGGGGAACCACGUGAUAUUAUAAACAUUGCUAAAGAACUACGGGUUGAUCAGGCUCGAGCAUCUAUUAAUAAUGGUGAAACAGUACAUGCAAAUGAACAUCAGGAUGAUGUCAUUAGUGAAUACAAUGUUGUUGUUCAUGAAAAUAUUGAUAUUGUUAAUGCAGAAGAAGUAAAUUUGCAUGACGAUAGCAAUGAUUUAACUACCGACAUAAAUCAAGACAAUAAAGCAAGUAUAAAAGGAAAUAAUGAUACAAUGGAAACUCUUAAUGAUGAAACUGAGGUUAAUACUAAAAUUAAUAAUGAUGACAUCCAACACACUGAGAGUGAUAUGCAUGACAGUUCCGAAAAUGAUGAUUCCCAGGGAUUUAAUGAGGUUGAAAAUGUAUGUCCUGCUGCUGAAGAAGAUGACCAUAUUGAUGAAACUGGUUUUGAUCCUUCUGAGCUGAAAAACAAGCGUUUUAUGAUGAAAACUGGACCCGGCAUGCCUCAGAUAAGUAUUGAUUUAGCAUCCAGUGUAGAAAGCAGUCUGUCAAAUGAUAGUGACAGGGAAGCUUUUAUUGAAGUUGAGGCUGAACUAACAAGUGAUUUUACUGAAGAUGAGACUGAAAUACAUCAAACAUGCAAUGAGAGGGAUGAUGAUGAUGCUGAUGAUAAGGAAAAUAUAAGACCAAACAUGAACGACGCUGAAAGUUGGAUGAAAGUUGAUACUGUGACUCCAGCAAUUGAUAUUAAAUUCGAUUCUGAAAACAAAUCAGGAUCUCAGAGAGAAUUGAUUUUAAAUGAUUUUGAUGCUGAGAUUCAAGGUACUGUUCUACAAAAUAUUUCCAUUGGGAGUGCAUUCUCUCCUUUAGAAAGUCCCUGUGAGAAUGCAUUUGAGAUAGGCUACCAGAUUAACCCAUUGAUUCCAGAAUACAACAAUAAUUAUGAAGUUGAUGAUAUUGGCGAUUCAACAGAUGAGGAAAGUGGUGACUUAAAAAAGAAACCAUUUGUGAGAUUUUCUAAUGACAUUAUUACUGAUGAUCAUGAAAUUGAAAAGCUUAAAGAGCUUGCAGACAGCUUAGUAUCUGUUGCUGUCCAAGAUGCAUUGUUUGAAGUAGAAAACUCAACCUCAGAAAAAGAUGGACCUGGUGAUGAAAUAAAUACAAAAAUAUUAAAUAUUGCUGAUAAUCUUGUAAAAGAAGUUAUUACAGAAGCUAUUGAAAUUGUUGGAAACCAAGAACCAAAUACAUUUGUUGAAUUUGAAAUUGCUGAUGCAAUGAAAGAAACAGGCUUAGAAGAGGAUGAUUCAAGUGAUUCUGAUGAUGGUAGUUCAACAACAACUGAAGGCAGCUACCAAAUAGACGUGUCAGAUGAUCUUAUUCUGGACUCAUCACCAGAGAAAGAAUUGGAAGUAGAGGAGACUCACCCAUCUUCAGAAGCUGAUCCCCAACUAUCGCUGAGCAUAUCUUCACCAGACGAUGAUGUCUCUGUAGACAACUCAAGUUCUAUAAUUGACCAAUCUGACCCUGCAAUAGCUCCUAGUUUUAAGAAAAUACCGGUGGAUGGAUCAUACAGAUCAUUUUCAUUUCCUGACUAUGAAGAUCAUACCUUAACAUCCAACUCACUUGAUUCGAAUACUGGUAUAGUGUUCGAAUUUGCUAAAGGUGAAAAUGAUGUUAAUAGUAGGACAUUCAGACAAAGUUCAGGGCUGACUUUGGUUAAGCAGGAUACAAUUGUUCCUGAUAUUGUAAUAAGUACUGAAAUGUCUCCAGAGUAUGAUGUUGAAGAUAUCACAGAUUAUGGAGCUGACAUGAGCAUGUCCGAAAAUACUGAAAGCAAAGAUGAGUUAUCUGAUGAUGAAACAGAUAAAAAUAUUAACUUCGUUACAACAUAUGUAUCAUUUGUUGAGGGGGAAAUAGCUUCCAUGAAUACAACUGCUAACUUGGAAAGUCAUCUUGGAGAUGAAGCACUUGAUAAGGGUUUACCUGUUAAUGAGAUUCAAGAUGAGAUUGAAGAAGACAAUUUAGUUGAUUUUAAAUUAGAAGAUGUUACCAGGAGAACUUUAGAUCUAACCACUAAUGAAACAGAUGCAUAUUUGAUAUUGUCUAUGUCUGCUGUAAGUGAUAAAGAAGCCAAUUAUGAGGAUUCUGUUGUUGCUAACACUGUUACUGUAGACCUCAGUAGCCAAGUUAUUAGAAAGCAAUCUUUUCAAAACAAUGAUGACACCUCAGGUGAAAGUGACAAUAUUGAAGUGUUAGUAGCUUCUAGUGCACAACGACAAGAGGUCCCAGCUGAUAACUUUGAUACAUUUGAUGAUGGUAUUCAAUUGACUGGAAUGGGUGAAGAUGAUUUAAGAGAGAAUACAGGUGCUCACAUUAAAGAUAUGAUUGAAAAAGAGAACUUUAAUGAAGUAUCAAAUCAGGUGGAUUUAGGUGCAGGAUUUGUUGAUCAUAAAUCAAAUAACAAAACUGGUGAAUUUGAUGUGUAUGAUGCUGCAACAUUUUCUAAUCUUUCAGAGAAACCAAUUGAAAUUUCUGAGUAUUCAGAAAAUGUUGUUGAAAAGCAUAUUGACCACUUUGUAGAACGUUUAAACUUUGUAGAAAAGACUGAACAUGUGCAAAGUUUUGAUGAUGAAGUUUCUGAAAUUGUUGAGCAAAAACAGUUCAGUGAUGUUGUUAAAAAAGCUGAUGACAACAUGGCUGUAACUGGCGAUGUGUGGAGUUUUGUUGAAAAACCUAUUUCAAAUGUAGAACUGUUUGAUUUAAAUUUUGUUGAAAAUUGCACUGACAAUGAUUUAGCUAUUGAGAAAGUGAUUGAUAUGCCAAUUGAACAAAAGACAGUUGCUAAAGAUGAAAGUGAAGAAAUCAUAGAUGACCUACAAAUAAACAAUGGUGAAACACACAUUUCUGAAGCUCAUGAUCAGAUGUUUGAUGUUGAGAUUUUAAAUGAAGUCAUUGAGCCACAAGGUGAUGAUAUCAGAGUUGAAGAAAUUGGUAUAGAAAAUAGGUCCACUCAAGAACAGAUUAAACAAGAUCUUUUGCUGAAUACUGAAACAUAUAAUCAAUUGGUAGAUGGUUUCAAUGAAUCUGAACUUGAUAAGCUACACGAUUAUGAUGACAAAACUUACUUUACUGGAACAGAAAGUGAGACAACACAAAGCCAUGUCAUACAGGAUCUAUCUGAAGGUGCUGAAAUUCACAAUCAGUUAGUGAAUAAUGUGAAUGAGGAUAAAAGUCAUUUGUCAGGAGAUGAUGUGAACAAUGAAGACAUUACAAGAAGAGAAAAUGCUUAUGAUGAAGAUUCUACCAUUGUUGAGCAGACAAAAGAGUUCAAUGAUGUUGAAAAAGCUGAUGACAAUGUGGCUGAAACUAACAAUGUGUGGAGUUUUGUUGAAAAACCUAUUUUAAAUGUGGAACAGUUUGAUAUAAGCUUCGCUGAAAAUUGCGCUGACAAUGAUGAUUUGGCAAUUGAGAAAGUGAUUGAUAUGCCAGUUGAACAUAAGACAGUUUCUAAAGAUGAAAGUGUAGACAUCAUAGAUGACCUACAAAUAAACUAUGGUGGAACUCACAUUUCUGAAGCUCAUGAUCAGAUGUCUGAUGUUGAGAUUUUAAAUGAAGUCAUUUGGCCACAUGGCGAUGAUAUCAGAGUUGAAGAAAUUGGUAUAGAAAAUGGUUCUACUCAAGAACAGAUUGAACAAGAUCUUUUACAGAAUACAGAAACAUAUGAUCAAUUGGUAGAUGGUUUCAAUGAAACUGAACUUGAUAAGCUACAAGAUUAUGAGUUCUUAACUGACUUUACGGGAACAAAAAGUGAGACAACGCAAAGCCAUGUCUUACAGGAUCUCUCUGAAGAUGCUGAAAUUCAGAAUCAAUUAGUGGAUAAUGUCAAUGAGAAUAAAAGUCAUACAUCACAAGAUGAUGUGAACGAUGUAGCCAUAACAAGAGGAGAAAAUGCUUAUGAUGAAGAUUCUACCAUUGUUGAGCCGACAAAACAGUUCAGUGAUGUUGUUGGAAAAGCUGAUGACAAUGUUGCUGAAACUGACAAUGUGUGGAGUUUUGUUGAAAAACCUAUUUCAAGUAUGGAACAGUUUCAUGUAAGUUUUGCUGAAAAUUGCGCUGACAAUUAUUUGGCAAUGGAGAAAGUGAUUGAUAUGCCAGUUGAACAUAAGACAGUUUCUAAAGAUGAAAGUGUAGAAAUAAAAGAUGACCUACAAAUAAAGGAUGAUGAAACACACUUUUCUGAAGCUCAUGAUCAGAGUUCUGAUGAUGGUUUGUUUAAUGAAGACAUUGAGCCUCACAGUGAUGUUAUCAGAGUUGAAGAAAUUGGUAUAAAAAAUGGUUCCACUCAAGAACAGAUUAAACAAGAUCUUUUGCUGAAUACUGAAACAUAUAAUCAAUUGGUAGAUGGUUUCAAUGAAUCUGAACUUGAUAAGCUACACGAUUAUGAUGACAAAACUUACUUUACUGGAACAGAAAGUGAGACAACACAAAGCCAUGUCAUACAGGAUCUAUCUGAAGGUGCUGAAAUUCACAAUCAGUUAGUGAAUAAUGUGAAUGAGGAUAAAAGUCAUUUGUCAGGAGAUGAUGUGAACAAUGAAGACAUUACAAGAAGAGAAAAUGCUUAUGAUGAAGAUUCUACCAUUGUUGAGCAGACAAAAGAGUUCAAUGAUGUUGAAAAAGCUGAUGACAAUGUGGCUGAAACUAACAAUGUGUGGAGUUUUGUUGAAAAACCUAUUUUAAAUGUGGAACAGUUUGAUAUAAGCUUCGCUGAAAAUUGCGCUGACAAUGAUGAUUUGGCAAUUGAGAAAGUGAUUGAUAUGCCAGUUGAACAUAAGACAGUUUCUAAAGAUGAAAGUGUAGACAUCAUAGAUGACCUACAAAUAAACUAUGGUGGAACUCACAUUUCUGAAGCUCAUGAUCAGAUGUCUGAUGUUGAGAUUUUAAAUGAAGUCAUUUGGCCACAUGGCGAUGAUAUCAGAGUUGAAGAAAUUGGUAUAGAAAAUGGUUCUACUCAAGAACAGAUUGAACAAGAUCUUUUACAGAAUACAGAAACAUAUGAUCAAUUGGUAGAUGGUUUCAAUGAAACUGAACUUGAUAAGCUACAAGAUUAUGAGUUCUUAACUGACUUUACGGGAACAAAAAGUGAGACAACGCAAAGCCAUGUCUUACAGGAUCUCUCUGAAGAUGCUGAAAUUCAGAAUCAAUUAGUGGAUAAUGUCAAUGAGAAUAAAAGUCAUACAUCACAAGAUGAUGUGAACGAUGUAGCCAUAACAAGAGGAGAAAAUGCUUAUGAUGAAGAUUCUACCAUUGUUGAGCCGACAAAACAGUUCAGUGAUGUUGUUGGAAAAGCUGAUGACAAUGUUGCUGAAACUGACAAUGUGUGGAGUUUUGUUGAAAAACCUAUUUCAAGUAUGGAACAGUUUCAUGUAAGUUUUGCUGAAAAUUGCGCUGACAAUUAUUUGGCAAUGGAGAAAGUGAUUGAUAUGCCAGUUGAACAUAAGACAGUUUCUAAAGAUGAAAGUGUAGAAAUAAAAGAUGACCUACAAAUAAAGGAUGAUGAAACACACUUUUCUGAAGCUCAUGAUCAGAGUUCUGAUGAUGGUUUGUUUAAUGAAGACAUUGAGCCUCACAGUGAUGUUAUCAGAGUUGAAGAAAUUGGUAUAAAAAAUGGUUCCACUCAAAAGCAGAUUGAACAAGAUCUUUUACAGAAUACAGAAACAUAUAAUCAAUUGGUAGAUGGUUUCCAUGAAACUGAACUUGGUAAGCUUCAAGAUUAUGAUGACAAAACUUACUAUACUGGAACAGAAAGUGAGAUAACACAAAGCCAUGUCAUACAGGAUCUAUCUGAAGGUGCUGAAAUUCACAUUCAGUUAGUGGAUAAUGUGAAUGAGGAUAAAAGUCAUAUGUCAGGAGAUGAUGUGAACAAUGAAGACAUUACAAGAAGAGAAAAUGCUUAUGAUGAAGAUUCUACCAUUGUUGAGCAGACAAAAGAGUUCAAUGAUGUUGUUGAAAAAGCUACUGCCAAUGUGGCUGAAACUAACAAUGUUUGGAGUUUUGUUGAAAAACCUAUUUUACAUGUGGAACAGUUUGAUGUAAGUUUCGCUGAAAAUUGCGCUGACAAUGAUGAUUUGGCAAUGGAGAAAGUAAUUGAUAUGCCAGUUGAACAUAAGACGGUUUCUAAAGAUGAAAGUGUAGACAUCAUAGAUGACCUACAAAUAAAUUAUGGUGGAACUCACAUUUCUGAAGCUCAUGAUCAGAUGUCUGAUGUUGAGAUUUUAAAUGAAGUCAUUUGGCCACAUGAUGAUGAUAUCAGAGUUGAAGAAAUUGGUAUAGAAAAUGGUUCUACUCAAGAACAGAUUGAACAAGAUCUUUUACAGAAUACAGAAACAUAUGAUCAAUUGGUAGAUGGUUUCAAUGAAACUGAACUUGAUAAGCUACAAGAUUAUGAGUUCUUAACUGCCUUAACUGGAACAAAAAGUGAGACAACACAAAGCCAUGUCUUACAGGAUCUUUCUGAAUAUGCUGAAAUUCAGAAUCAGAUAGUGAAUAAUGUCAAUGAGAAUAAAAGUCAUACAUCACAAGAUGAUGUGAACGAUGUAGCCAUAACAAGAAGAGAAAAUGCUUAUGAUGAAAAUUCUACAAUUGUUGAGCCGACAAAACAGUUCAGUGAUGUUGUUGAAAAAGCUGAUGACAAUGUUGCUGAAACUAACAAUGUUUGGAGUUUUGUUGAAAAACCUAUUUUACAUGUGGAACAGUGUGAUGUAAGUUUCGGUGAAAAUUGCGCUGACAAUUAUUUGGCAAUGGAGAACGUGAUUGAUAUGCCAGUUCAACAUAAGACAGUUGCUAAAGAUGAAAGUGUAAAAAUAAUAGAUGACCUACAAAUAAAGGAUGAUGAAACACACUUUUCUGAAGCUCAUGAUCAGAGUUCUGAUGAUGGGAUGUUUAAUGAAGACAUUGAGCCUCACAGUGAUGUUAUCAGAGUUGAAGAAAUUGGUAUAAAAAAUGGUUCCACUCAAAAGCAGAUUGAACAAGAUCUUUUACAGAAUACAGAAACAUAUAAUCAAUUGGUAGAUAGUUUCAAUGAAACUGAACUUGGUAAGCUUCAAGAUUAUGAUGACAAAACUUACUUUACUGAAACAGAAAGUGAGACAACACAAAGUCAUGUCUUUAAGGAACUCUCUGAAGGUACUGAAAUUCACAAUCACUUAGUGGAUAAUGUCAAUGAGAGUAUAAGUCAUACAUCACAAGAUGAUGAUAACAAUGUAGACAUAUCAAGAAGCGAAAAUACUAAAACACAAAGUCAAUAUGUGAAUGAUUCGUUAUUAGAUGAUGAAACAAAGAAGAAAAUGCCUUUAUUCAAGGAUGAGUCUGACGAAAUUGAAGCUUUGAUGGAGGUUCAACCAGCAAAUGCUUAUACCAAAGAAAUUGAAGAAACUACCAAAGAAGUCUAUAAACCACUAAUAAAAGACAACUCUGAGGAUAGCGGUUUUUCACUUGGAACUCGACCAAAACAUAGAAGCAGUGAAUAUGUAACAAGGAAAGAGAUUUUCUACACAACUUCAGGUCGCAUGAGUGUCUCUAUUGACAGCAUUUUGGAUCCUCCAACAGAUCAGGAGUUGGACAUUGCUGCCAACAGCCAAGUGACCAUUGAAGAAGAGCCAAGUAUGCCGAUAGAUGGGGAUGAGGACCUGCCAACGGCUGAUCAGACCCAAGCUGAUGUUGUAGAGAAACCAUUGGUACCACAGAAGACAGGGGAAGUAACUACGCAGCCUGCUAACAAUGACAAGGUUGUGGUGAAGGAAAAAGCUAUGGAUGAGACACAGGAAUGGCAUGAGGACCCGAUACCCGGCAUGGGUCACCAGGCAGCCAUGGAAUCAGAGAGCGACUCAGAGUCUGAAUCUGAUAGCGAGUAUGGUAGGCCAGCUCGACCAGACAGCCUUCCAAAUGGAGCCAGAAAGAAGAAAAAGAUCAGCCCUGUGCGGAUGUUCUCCCCAGAUUCCACAGACGCUCUCAUAGAAGGGAUUGAUGACCUGCCGACCCCGGAUGACCUAGAUACACCAGAUGACCUUGAAGGAGAGGGCUUAGAGUGGGAGGAUGAGACUCCAAUUGACCCGACUGACACAAAGAAGAAAUUUGUAGAAUACAUGAGUCAUGACGACGAACAGGAGAAAUACGAGAACACAACCUUUAGGAAGGUUGAAAUAGCAGGAAAGGACUUCAGAGUGGACAUGAAGGUCAUUGAACCCUAUAAGAAAGUGCUUUCCCACGGAGGUUAUUAUGGAGAUGGUCUCAAUGCCAUCAUACUGUUCUGUGGUUGCUAUCUGCCCGACAGAAGUCGCAGUGACUAUCAGUAUGUAAUGGACAAUCUCUUCCUAUAUGUGAUAAGCACACUAGAGCUGCUAGUAGCUGAAGACUACUUGAUUGUGUACUUCCAUGGGGCCACACCGCGUGGACAGAUGCCGAGCUUUGGCUGGCUGAAACGCUGUUACCAGAUGAUAGACAGAAGAUUACGCAAGAACCUUAAGGCGCUGCUGAUGGUCCACCCGACACUGUGGCUGAAGACUGUGGUAUUGAUGACCAAACCCUUCAUAAGCUCCAAGUUCAGCUCCAAGCUGAGGUUUGUGAAGACUCUACAAGAGCUUGGCAAAGUGGUUCCCAUGGAAUACAUCUACGUUCCUGAUCCUGUGCAGCAUACAGAGCGAAUGCUUCAGAUAGACCCAGAUUAUCUUGAGAAGUGGGAAAAGGAGCAAAUUGGAAAGAGCAAAGAAAAAUUGGAAAAAGGGCAAGAAAAAAUGGGAGAGAAGAUGAAAAAAGAACCAGAAGAGAAAACAGGAGAGAAAUUAAAAAAGGACAUAGAGAAAAAGAGUGAAAUACCAGUGAAGAAAAAACUAUUCUCCUUUUUCAAGCGCAAGAAAUGAGUCCAUUUUGCCAUUUGAAGACUGUCAUUCUGCAAUAUUUGUGUCAUUGACAAGAAAAUGGACUUUAAUUUGAAGGCUUACUGUCUCACCUGCUACAUCAUCAUUUCCACCCCAGACUAAAUUCUUGUUUAUGCAGGCUAGACUGUUAAGGGACUGAGUCUUAUACCUACCACAUCAUUAUUGACAUCAAUGGCAACAAAAAGUCAGGUCGGCAGUUGUUUGCCUAAAAAUAGUUUUUGUUUAUCAGAAGCAAUAAGUGAGAUAGCUUUGCAUACUUCAAACUUUGUAAUACAUGUGCAAAAAUAUUUACAUCAUUACUGCCAUAACCAUGAAAAUGGCAUUUGAUUUGGUUUUGGGUUGCAGGAAAUUAUAUUGUCUCAUACGCUGUUACAGGCUGUCACAUACCACAUACAAUAUCGUCAUUAAAAUGAGCUUCACAUACCACAUCGUCAUUAAAAUGAGCUGUGCUUUGGGAAAGCAUGGCUUUAUGCAUCUGCGUAAAGUAUUGUCCCAUGUUAGCAUGUGCAGUGGGGUUUAACUGAAUUUUUCUUGUGAAGAAAUUAUCCUCUUAACCAGAUAAGCCUGUGCUGACUUCAUUAAGCCCGUGCUGACUUCAUUAAGCCUGUGCUGACUUCAUUAAGCCUGUGCUGACUUCGUUAAGCCUGUGCUGACUUCAUUAAGCCUGUGCUGACUUCAUUAAGCUAGUUUGUUCAAGACUGUGUCUGUUAUCUAAGUUACGGUGCAAACAUUAAUUUUGUCUUACAUUUGCUAAAGACUUUUUCAAAAGUAUGUACACAUCCUCUCCCGUUUAUAGCUGAUUCCUUGACAUGCGUACAUUAUCAUCUCCAACAUAAAGAAAUGGUAUUGUGAGGAAAUUAGGUAUAGGUCUUUUUUUUUAUAAAUAGUUUAGCAGCUAAUCAUGCGAUGUCCAAGUGCAAGGAAAAGCUAAUUUAAUAUGAUUGGCAUUUGUGGAAGCAUUUAUUAUCUAGAUAGAACUAUUCGAUAUGAAGUUAAUCAGGAUUUGUGGUUGACAUCAAUUUGGUAUCAUGUUUAUUAUUAAUGUUGACAUUCUUGAAAAAAAAUCUGCAAUCAAGUUGAAAACACAUUUUAUGCAUUGAAUUCUGAAAAAGGGUCUUGUUUGAAAUUGGCCUAAAUUGUAAUGUUUGAAGAUCAUUUUGCUGAUAAACAUUGUACAUUGUCCUUCACCUUAUGACUUAUUGUUAUUUAAUUUGUAUCAAUUUGUUCUCUGCCAUUCUUCAUGUGCAUGCUGUACUUUCAUUUGCAGCGUUUACACUUAUGAACAAAAAUGCUUUCAGUUUUACAGCACAGACUUUUCCUUGUAUUUUAAAUAUAAAUGGAAUGAUACACUGCUCUUAAUGUAUAUCCAUUCUGAAGUCAUCUGGGACUUGAUGAAUUGUCGUUGAGAAUGAUAUUACUGUGUGCUAUAUUUAUUGAAAAUGUAUUGGCAAUGAACUAAGUAUUCAAUUUUGUAUACAUGGUGCACAAUACACUUUCACGUGAAUGUAUAUCAGGCUUGGCAUUGGAAUAUAUCAUCAAAGCAAAACAAGGUAUGCUGAAAUGGCCUAUAAUUUAAAUAUUAACCCUUUCCCACUCAGAAGCAAAGUGAAAAUGGCUUUUGCAACCAGCAUAAAACCAGAACAGCCUGCGAGUAACUCAGUCUGUUCAGGUUUCAUGAUGUUUGCUGCUCAUCAGUAUCUAAGGGUUAUAAAUGAUGCUUUUAAAACUUGAAUUUAGUAAGAAAGGUAUUGAAUUAAAUGUAAAUUUCUAAGGGACUACCAAUGCGUCAAAAUAUGUAUCUAAGUGGUUAAGGGUUAAGAGCAAACAUGGCAGUUUCAACUUAUAGAGUUGGAAGGUAACUAACUUUUUUCUUCCAGUAAUGAAAGCUGUGUGUUCGGAUGAUGUGCAAUAUUAUAAUGGUACAGUAUUUUGUUAUUGCAUUUGCCUCUCCGUUUUCUAAUUGUGGCUUUAUUCUUUUAAGGGUUGGUGCAAACAUAUUGCAUCAGUUAUAGAAAUAUUGAUCCAGUUACAACAGUUUUUGUCAGGAUCGUCAAAAUAAGUUUUUAUAUGUAGUAAAUUGUAUAUACUUAUAAGAAUUUGUCAUUAAAUGUCUUUGUUUUUGUUAUUUUAUUCAUAUUGUUUUGUUAUUUCACUAUCUGCUGUAUAGUCUAUGUGUGAUUUUGUAAUUUUAAGUGUAUGUUUUAUUACAAAAAGUUUACCCUAUUUUUUCUUUGCUUUAUUCAAAUUAAUGUUGUUUCUUAACCAUCAUUUUUAAUAAGCAGAUUAGGUAAUACAUUGUUUAAUCUGUCAAGUGUUCGUGAUAAAUUGUAAUCAAGCACAAAAUCACCUCUUCAGUAAUGUAAACACAUUUCAGCAUUUAUUAAUGUAGCAGUAAUGUCCCUUGUACGUUUUUACAUAUUCUUGUGUUAAUGUUAGUUUUAUGUCAUUGUUAUGGUGGUGUUACUAGUUCCACGAUAACCGUAUAUUGCCAAGUCAACGCCCCUACCCCAAAUUUUCAAGCUCUCACCUCAGAACUGACCUGAAUGCCAACUGAGUAUAAAGAGUCUAAUGGGUGUUUAUUUGGGAAUAUACGGUACAUGUUGUUUUUGUUGCUGUUGUUAAUAUGGUAUUGAGAAAUUGUAAUAAACACUUUCACAAUUUAACAUGUUAUAAUUGCUUAUAUUUAAUUAUGGUUUCAUAUAUAUAUCAGAAUAAAUUUAUUGGAAAUACA